AUGGGGACGCCCCUCCAUACCGAUGACCCACUAGCAGCCCUGCUUCCAACCUCGAGGUUCCUCAUGUCGUCCCACAGCAUCGACGACAUCUCUGACAACGACAAUCAGAGCCAACAACUAUCUGGUGAAGGCCACAGCAUUGCUAGGACUCUUACAAGUUGCAAGACAGGAUCAGUGCAGACUCUUGCGUCCCAAGGCAAUCCCCCGGCUCUAUCUCGCAUUACUUGGUCAAACAAACGUACUGACCGCAUAAUGGAUUGGCUCGAGAAACAUCCUGUGCGACAUCAAAUGCUUUUUUCUGAUUCAUUAUCUGUAGCUAGGGGAGAAAACCGGCCAGUUGUGAGGAACACCAAGAGUGUCAGGGUCCCAAUCGUCAGAAGAAUUGCUCGACAUGUCUUCAAGAACGACUCAAAGGAAGAAUUUUGUAUUGCAGUUGACCAUCACCGCAAGCAAUUUGGAGAAUCAGUGCAAUCAAGACUCGACCACCUUGGGGAAAAGUAUAAGGAGUGUGUGUGUAGCUUGUCAGGUACAGGUGCUGGAUUGCCUGCUGAAGAGUUGGCUUCAUCGGGUUUUAGCAACCCUAUUGCUUCGUAUUUGUUGCCUGACAGCACUCGCCCCUCCGAAGCUGAUCAGAUGGAAGAUUUCAUGCAGCCAAUCAUUCAGUCUGCAAAAGAGCAAGAGGCUGCAGCAUUGGAGGUCAAGCGGCUGAAACUAGUUCACGGAAGCGAUGUCAUACGGUACAAGAGUCUCAAAGUGCAAUCUAAGAUAGACGAGACGAAGAAACAAGAACAGAUUGAGAUUGCUAAGUUGCAGAUGGAGAACGAUGCAAAGAACGACAUGGAGAUGAGGAAAUUUGAGUUGUUGGCAUGUCUGGGCGUAUUUGGAAACCAAGGCGGAAACCAACAACUUAACAUGUCACGUGGCCUGCUAGGAUCCUCGGUUAAUCUUCCCUCUCCCCCUGAGUUUGCUCCCUCGCAGACUGCAGACAUAUCUGGGGUUGCACCGUCAUCACCUUCAGGUCUCACUGAUAUGCAGAGCCUCUUGCAGACCCUAACUCCCUCUGCUGACAUGAAUUAUGAUGAUGCUGAUAUGUCUAGUCAGUACGCAUCUACCUCAUCCGGCCAUCAUCAUCAUCCGUCAACCCAAACACCAUCCAUUUUUCAAGGGGACUAUCACAGUGGGGACACUAUUUAUGAUGAGAACAAUGUUAUUGCAUAA